AUGGCGCCGACCGCAGCCCGGUCAGAUGCCAAUGACAGAGAUACGAGUGCAUACGAUACGCAGGAGAGCCGACAGGACUCUCUGAGGCGGAUGGCUGAAGUCGAGAGACGGGCGGAGAUCACCCACGCCUACCACGCUACCUCCCCUCGCUCACCUGACACCGCUUCACCCAUCUAUCCCGAGCGUGCGAUUCGACCGCUGCCGAAAAGUCGCCUCAAGUCGAAGCUUUCACCAGGACAGGCAGAGACUCUCGUUUUCCCACCAGAACCACCGCCAGUCUCACCGACGCUCAACUUCAGCCUUUCCAUGCAAGCCCACGAACAGGAAGAGUCUCGACUGAUGACGAACGGAGAGCCGCGAUACCCAUACGACUACGAGAACGUCCAGCGUCGGCACCAUCAACAUCAGCCCCACAGCAGCCACUGCACGUGUGGCGAAGAUGGGGAGAGUGGAGAGGACGAGGUGGAGUUUGACCAUCCGGACUACCGCUAUUCAACACCUCCCACUGUAAAUGGCGUUGGUGGGAAGCCGGUGGAUUCAUUACAGCGGAGACUGGUGGAGGCAUCGCGAUCAUCAAGCAAGCCGCCGCCACCCGGAUCAACAGCGUCUUCUGCAGACGGCUACGAGAGCUUUGAGAAUACGAGCAACAAGAAGAAACGCAAGAUUCCACUUUCAGGGACGUCCAGCAUGCACCAGAGUCAACUAAGUGCGGAAAUGGCAAGCAUGGGCAUCAGCACUGGACAAGCAGAUGGAGGUGCAGAAGAUGCCCAUGGCGGCGCACAGCAGCAAUACAGCCAAAGUGGGAACGGGACGUCUCCUGGCUCUGGCACGGGAAUCAGUGGAGCAGGCCGCGGACGCUAUGGCAGACAGGACGGGAGGAAUCGACGGCCGCUCGGCAGUAGCACGAUGAAUGUGAUCAACGGAUACACUUCACGUGCGCCUGUGCGGGAGGUCAGGCACGGCGAAGAUGUUGGUGUUGAAAACACCGGUGGCAUCAUCUCUCAAGCCAUCAAAACUGCUGCGGAACAAGGCCCACUUACUCCUGCAGGCAAAGGCAGGGACAACGUAAGUUUGCUUCACUCCGCAACUGCGGCCAGCGCAACGCCCAAAACUCAAUUCACCUUCACUUGCGAAUCGGACUCUGCGACCAAGAUGGUGGACCAGCAAGCGGCAUACGCAGCCGGCACACCCACUCCGCAGCGAAGUCUUCCUCCGGGAGUAAAGGGAGCAGGAACCCAGACUACGCCCCCUCUUCGCGGAGGGCAGCACCCAAACAAUGCUAGAAAUCCACCUCCUCCACCGUCCAACCACGCUCCAGCUGGUCAACACCCCCAAGCGCCACCUCCUAAGCCGAAGCCCCGUCGAAAUCCUGCCAAGGAGUACGCUCUGCAAGCUGCCACUCGCAAGAAGAACCAGCAGUACCAGAAUUACCACCAUCGCCCGAAACCUGAUGAUAUGUGGGUAUGUGAGUUCUGUGAAUACGAGGAUAUCUACGGAGCUCCGCCGUAUGCUAUGAUCCGCAAAUACGAAAUAAAGGAUCGUCAGGAGCGUAAGAAGGCGGCUGAGAAGCGGAGGCUGCUGGAAAAGGCGAAAAUGAAGGGCCGUAAGAACAAAAAGGGAGCGGCAAAGAAGGGCAACAACACUGCUGCAGUCAAUAACAAUAACCACAACCCUAACAAUGCGGCGGUGGCCAACAACACACCCCGAGAUGAUCCGGCAUACGAUCCGAAUCUACCGCCGCCCGACCACGAGGAGUACUACGAUGACGACGAUGAUUACGCGGAUGAGUAUGAGCCUGUUCCGGGAGUUGACGACCCGUAUCCACAGGACUAUCACUAUCCGCCACCACCUGCUCCCGUUGGAACGCCAGUAGCGCCGGCUGGAGGAGGAGGCGGAAGAGGGUAG